AUGGCCACCCCUGGAGAAGGCAACCAGCCCAAUGAUGAUGGGGCACCCCAGCCAGUGGCACAGCUGCAGCAGCUUGAGCCUCGGGUGGCCCGCAGACGUCUGUCCCAGGCCCGCCAUCGAGCCACUCUGGUAGGGCUCUUCAACAACCUAAGGAAGACAGUUUACUCCCAAUCUGAUCUCACAGCCUCAAAGUGGCAGGUACUGAAUAAGACGAAGGUUCAUAUUCAGGAAAUGGAACAAAGCUUGGAUAAUUUGCUGAAGCUCAAAGGAUUCUUCAACCUGCAAGAUGGGAAUCCCAACACCUUACAGGAGGUCAAGGAAGAAUAUGCCAGAAUGUACUCUGACAACGACAGUUUUCCUCAGAACAGCCCCCCUGCAUGGUACCUCAACUUUUACAAGCAGACGAUGGACCUCCUAACCAUGAACAGCAUCAUCUCUGCACAGGAAGUGACACUCCCUAUUGUCUCGGCGGCCAUCUCCCACCUGUGGCAAACUCUCUCUGAGGAGAAAAAGGCCAAGCUCCUGCAGGUGUGGGAGCAACAGCACAGCACCUUCUCAGACCUCACCGAGGCCUGUCUAGAGCUGGCCGGUGCGGAGGGCAGCAUGAAGGACAGCGGGGUGGACAGCCAAGGAGCCAGCUGCUCACUAGAAUCCACCCCAGAAGAGAUCCUUUUUGAAGAUGCUUUUGAUGUGGCAAGUUUCCUGGACAAGAGUGAGGCCCAACGUAUGUCUAACAUCAGCGCUGUGUUUGCCAGCUGCAACUCAGAUAAUCCAGAGGAGAAAUUUCAGCUCUACAUACAGAUCAUUGAGUUUUUCAAAGGUCUUGACUGUGUUAACACUCCAUUAACCCAGGAACCAGAUCCUCCAGUCGAUGAUGAUAUGAUGCUGCUGAAAUGCCUGGAGACCUUUGAUGAUGAAGAUCUGUAA